AAUAAAAUAAAUUUGUUGAUCGGAACAAAAUUGUAUUUCUUGGCCAAAAUUCCACUGAUUUGCUUGAUCCCUAGUAGAUACCAGGUGCAGAUAGUGUUGGUCUUGCUUCCUUCUUCUUCGAUCAGACCUGAGCCUUAUCCCAAGGAUUCAAGCUAGAUUAUUAGCAACAAAGACAAUCAGGAUGGCCCUUGUGCCAAAGAAAUGUGGAAUAAGGGUGGAUCCUCCUACCCUGAUCGUGACAUACAUCGAUGAACGGUCCGGCAAGAAACGCCAGAGGUCACUGCCCCUUCGUAAAUUCACCAAGCAGUCCAACAUUGACGCGGCCAUCGAGGACCUGAAGGUAAAGCCCAAGCACCGGGAGCUGAUUGAACAGAUCAACCGACGGCAGCUAGAGAAGCUCCUUAAGGUCAUCCAGGAACGCCAGGACGGCAGACGACUCGACGACGCCAUCAAGAAGGUGGAGAAGGAGAUGGAGGUCGUCAUCGAUCCGAACGAGAACCUCAACACGCUAGAUGACGGGGCCCUCAGUGAAAAGAAGGCAAUCAUGGACGAGACUUUCGAGAAGAACCGUAAGAAACCCGGUGAUCCUGGAUUCCAGUAUGAAGUGGAGAUUGAUUUUGAGAAGGAAGGUCCACCGAUUGAAUCGAGUGGUUGGGAUGAUUCGGAAGAAGAUUCAGAUCCAUUGUUUUAGGAACCCAGCUUUUAAAAAUUCAAAGACUCCCUGAAAAGCUACGAAAACUCUUCAACGAUUCGCUCAAGUUUUUAUUUGAAUAUAAUGCAUUAUUGAUAGAACCAGUACUUUUAUUUCUGUAAGGUAAAAGAAAAAAGCUCUGCACAUUGUGGACCAACAUUUAUAAAUGUAGUAUGAAUGAAAAACAUGACGAUGGUGCUUGCUAUCCUUUUGUGUUGGUAAUUUAUGUACAGUGUACUUGUUAAAGAAUAUUGAAAUUAUUUUUAUAACUGUAAGUCGACCUUUCAGUUUGUAAUACUAAUACACAAAUUCCUGCUGACUAAUUGCUUUGGCAUGCAGUUUAUAAACUUGUUAUCUUGCUUCUAGGCUUGAAUAAUUUAAAACCUACCUUGUUAGUACUGCCAGCUGAUAAACGUACUUCGCAAGGUUUGUAUCAUCAUUUUUUUUAACCACUAUGUACAUGUAGCCUUUCAUAGCUAUACAUACAUACAUGUAGACUGCUGUAUUUGAAUAUGUUACAGGAUGUGAAAGGUUUGGGUUUUUUGUUUUUUUUUCUUCAAUAAUUAAAAAACAAAAUUAUCAGGUAGUAAAGAAAAGCGGAUUUUCCCUGAUAUUGAUAUUAGUAAUUAAUGUCAUUAUUACCCAAUUGACAACGAUACAAAGUUAGUUUGAUUUGGUAUUAUGACGAUAACCUUCAUGGCUCUUAACCUUACAGUUUAUUUACCUGUGAAUUGUUUCAUUUGCACACAAGAUGCAUAUCAUGCAUUGUUGCUUUUACUUUUCAUGUUCCGUGGUGCAUUCAUUCAGGAAUUCAUUUUUAACCAUAUGCUUUUGUUAUGCUGCAGAUUUGUAUUUUUAUACGCAACUACGCAAGAUAUGAAUGAUUUAGUAUUGUGUUUUGUAGUCCAAUUUUAUAUUUUGCUUUGUAUUCUUGAAGCAUAACCUCAAUGACUUUUUUAAUGCAUUUAUUACUUAUUGGACCUACAUGUAGUGUACUGAAAAAAUACAUGGGCUUGGUAAGUAUUGUAGCUGUGUUAAAUACAAAACAAUACAUGUAAUACUUAAAUAACAGUGUGAGAAAAUGGCACGUGUACAACGCCCGAUCCGCGAACAGAAAGUACUUUUCUACUCUGAUGUAUUGAUUACCAGUUUAGGUUCCUACUGGUUUGCAAAGAUCUUUGAUGUAUUCAGAACUUUUAGACAUUCAUGAAUUUGACAGAGAAAUUGAAAUGCAUGGAUGUAACAAGAUGAAUUAUUAUUCUGUUUAGAUUUUACACAUUGACAGUGUGAGUACCUAACAUUCAGCUUAUCAACUUUAUUUGGCUAUUCACGUACCCUCCAUCUCAUGUAUUCAUGCAUUUUAAGGCAGAAACUGUAGUCUUGAAAAUGUACUUAAUGUAACAUCCUUGUUACAUGGCUUAUACAACUGCAUUUUGUAUUUAAUGUGGUAUUUCUUUCAUAAUGAUUUUGCAUAUAUAAUACAUGUAUAUGUUGAGCUGUAAUUUAUUUUUGUAUUUGAUAAUAUGAAAUAUAUUUAUAUGGAGCUGGUUGAUGUCCGAACGAGACCACAUGCACGUACUACACUGUAUUGAAGGGAAAAAUAGAUUCAGUGCACACUGAAAUUGAAUCAAUCUCAAAUUGCUUGAAGAUAUGUGCCAAAGUGAUAUAAUUUUUUGAAGUUCUAAUUAAUUUUCAAAAUGUUAUUAUACAUUCUAACACAUUAUGAUUUCCAAUGCUGAAAUGAUGUGAAAGAUACCUGUUCAUUUUAGAAAGAACGAGUAAAAAUGAAGGAGUUUUAAACAGAUUACAAAGUUAGAUAUCUAUCAUUACCAUCAUCAAAACACAGUGCAAUAUUAUAAUGAUGGAUGACUGAUGAUAUGUACAUUUCCAUGCAUGGUUUACUUUCUGUAUAGAAAAGUGUUGGAAACUAAAGUGUAAAUAUUGUAGUACUAUAUGCAUAAACAUGUAAAGUAUGUUCAUAGACAGAAUGAAUUACUCACGCCGAAAGAGGGCUCAUCUGUAAAAAGUGUUCUAGAUUGGGCACAAGGGCAAGUGACAAUCGGUCUCCUAGACCUGGGCCCUGUUCCACAAAACUUGUUAUCAAGUACAAGAUAAGAUGAUUGUUAUUUAAGCUACUGAAAUGUCUCAAGAAAUGCGUUUUUUCUUUAUUUUAGAAUUUGUGAUACAUGACAUGUGCACGUCGGUUAUCUAAAAUUGUUUACAUUUGGACCUACAGUAAAUCUGUAUAACACGCAGUUUACUGAUGUAUAUCUCUGUUUUACUUUUUGUAAAGUUGCAUGAUCCCCCUAAAUAUUGCCUGAUAUAGCAACUACCAGUAUCCAACAUAAAUUUAAAUAAACGACACAUUCCCUCUUUCUCCCCCCCCCCCCUCUCUCUCUCUCUCUUUCUCUCUCUGUGGCUCUCUCCCCUUGAAAGUAAGUUGUCAUUACAUGUACAUGAAGCUCCUUAGGGAAGAAUUUUGCAGUUUUCAAGUAUUUCUGUUGUACCCACCCCCCCCCCCCCCCCACACACAAUCCUGAAUACACUUCUGUAGGCAAUACAUAAGUAUCCUCUUUGUUUUAUGUGUUCCAUCAACACUGUAUUAUACAUGCAUUGAGAGGAAACAAAGCGAUAGAAUGAUGCAAUAUUUUUUCACUAUACUUGUCAGUGUUUUUUGUGUCCAUUAUGUAUAUAUUAGUGUUACCCUUGAUACAAACCUUGAUAUCACUGUUGUGAGAAAUCCAAUAUUUGUUUUAUAGUGUGUUGUUGCUAAAUAAACAUACACUGAAACAAA